AUGAACACCUCGGAUUUAGGGACUGUCAAGAAAAAGGCCGGCGAGAAGAAGCCCGCCAAGGCCAAGAAGGCGAAGAAACAGAAAAAGAAGAAAAGUAAGGACCCCUUCGGAACGAUCCGGCUGUUGAAGGGCAGCCUUCUGUACCAGACGAAGGAGUUCUUUGAAAAUUCCACCCUCCAUGGAGUGCGCUACAUCGCCGAAGAGGGGCGGCCAUUUUUCGAGCGGUUCAUGUGGUUCAGCUUUGUGGCCACCGGGGCCGUCGCGGCCAUCGUGAUCAUCUUCAGUCUGUGGGAAAAGUUCCAAACCAAUCCGACCAUCACCGGGUUGGACACGGAUUUUCACAACCAGGAGGUGAUUUUCCCCACGGUGAUGGUUUGCCCGGAGGUGCCGUACGACGAGAAGGAAGUCAGCGAGGUGGCCCUGAUCACGCUGGCCAACUACGAACCCGGAUCGGAACAGUACGAACCGUUUCUGCAGCUGUUGACACAGAUGUCGUACGGCGUGCUGGAUAAGAUGGUGGCCCUGAGCAGUAACAUUUCGGACAAGAACGGAUUGGUCAUGAAGCAACUGCAGAACCUGCGGAAACUGGUUUUCAAAAUGGCGAUCAGUUGCGCCAAAACAUUCGCCGACUGUCGGUACAAGGACGAACCGAUCGAUUGCUGUGCGUACUUCAAGCAGGUGUAUUCGGAGCAUGGGUUCUGCUAUUCGUUCAACGCACGAUACGUGUCGAAAUCGGAUUUGGAAGAACGCACCACCAAGGUCAACUUCCUUUACGAAACGGACAAAAAGUGGGGCCUCACGUUCAAACCGAUUCGACGAUCGCACAUCUUCGUGCACUCGUACAACGAAAUCUCCGGCUGGGACUUCCGUCCGCACGUCGAAUGGGAGGAAAACUUCGCCAUCGACUUUCUCAUCUCGAUGAAGGAAACCUACACCACCGAGGAUGCCCGUCAGCUGUCCACCGGGCAGCGUAAGUGCAUCUUCCCGGACGAGGUAAAACUCAAGUACUACUGGGACGAUUACACGUUUUCCGGGUGCAUGAAGGAAUGCCGGAUGCAGAAGUGUCUCAAGUACUGCCGGUGCAUUCCACCGUUCUACGCUCCGCCGGUUUCGCUUCCGUUCUGCACCGUCAGAGAUAUGGUAUGCUUGGACAAGUAUGCCGCGAACAUCACCAGCAUCAGUGGGUGUCAGGACUGCGAGCUGGGUUGCCACAAUACGGUGUACGACAUCGAGAAGUAUUCCAAAUCAUUGAUCUCAGAUGGCAACAAGGAUGCGGUAGUUACGAUCGAGUAUCUCACGUGGCCCAUCAUUCGCUACAAGCGCGAGGUUCUGUUCGGCUGGGUCGACCUGCUGGUAUCGUUUGGAGGCAUCGCUGGCCUCUUUUUGGGCUUCAGCCUACUCUCUGGAGUAGAGAUCAUCUACUUCUUCACGAUGCGCGCUUGCUGCAUGCUGUAUAAAAACCGUGACGAACUGAUCGCCAUCGAACAGGAAGAGCUGAAGCAACCACAACACCGGUACAAUCUCAGCCUUAAACCGGAUCUUGGAAAUCGCAUUGACACUUCGACUCUGGCAAUUCCACCGGAACCACAACCUGAAGGUCCGAGCAAACGACCGUUCAACAACAAACAAGUGAUAACCGUGGCGCUGAUCGACCAGGAAUUUGAAGCCGUUAAGGUGCCGGCCAGUAAGGGAUUGGUACUGGUUGGACCGACCAAACGGUACAUUUCCCGGUACGAACGCAUUGCGCACCUGGCCAGACCGAACCAGUUUCGUCCAAUUCUGGUGGCGCCGUACAGCGAGAGGAUCAAACCGUCGGAUAAGAAUGUGAUAAAUGACAAUGAAGGGCUCAUCUACAAUGGGUAUUUACCAUGA